AGCUGCCGGACUCCCCUGCAGUCUGCCGCGCCGUGCCUUCGGAGCAGGACGGACCACAUCUCAUUAUGCAGUGAGCCUGCGGGCGAGGGAAGAGAAAACUAAACCGGGCCGGGUUUGAUGGUUUACAACGGAGUUUCACAACGACGCCGGUGGCAAGAAACGACAAAUUUGACAGUGGUGGUCGACAAACUGGUGAGAAGAUGGAGUCUCAGAGCGAGGCGGUGAACAGGUUGCAGGCAGCUUUCCGUUCUGGUCUCACAAUUCCAGAAAAGUUUCGGCAAAUGCAGCUCUCAAAACUCACGUCAUUGAUCAAAGACAACGAGCAGCUGAUUCUGGAUGCACUCCACAAAGACUCUGCGAAGCCCAAAUUUGAGGCUGUCCUGUCUGAGAUUGACCUGGUGAUUAAUGAGCUGCACUACGCAAUACAUAACCUCAGGAGUUGGAUGCAGCCGGAUUACGUGGGCAAAAAUCUGGCUACAAAGCUGGAUGACUGUUUUGUGCGCAGAGAACCAUUAGGGGUUGUUUUAAUCAUCGGUGCGUGGAACUACCCCCUCCAACUGACACUCUUACCCAUGAUUGGAGCCAUUGCUGCAGGGAACUGUGUAGUCAUCAAGCCGUCAGAAGUCAGCGGAGCCAUGGAGAAACUGCUGGCAGAACUCAUCCCCAAAUAUAUAUGCCAAGACUGCUGUGCUGUCAUCUGUGGUGGAGCAGAGGAGACUGAGACACUUCUGAAGAAUCGAUUUGACCACAUCUUCUACACAGGUUCUCAAAGGGUGGCACGCAUCAUCCUGCAGGCAGCCGCUAUUCACCUGACCCCGGUCACAUUGGAGCUAGGUGGCAAGUGCCCGUGCUUAAUUUCUGAAGAGGUGGACAUCCUGGCUGCUGCCCACCGCCUUGCCUGGGCCAAGUUUUUCAAUACUGGCCAAAGUUGUGUGGCACCCGAUUAUGUGCUGUGCUCGCAGGCCACUUGCGACGCCUUGCUCCCUGCACUGCAGCAGACGCUGGAGGAUUUCUACACUAAAGACCCACAGAAGUGUCCUGACCUGGGUCGAAUAAUCUCUGACAGACACUGGACUCGUCUGACAGACCUGCUUCAGAAGUCCCAAGGCAGAGUGGUUCUGGGAGGGCAGAGCAAUCAGUCGGAAAAAUACUUCGCUCCCACAGUUAUAGUUGAUGUUAAAGAGGAUGAUGCUCUGAUGGAGGAGGAGAUUUUUGGGCCCAUCCUACCUAUUCUCACUAUAGAGUCUCUGGAAGAGGGCAUCAGCUUCAUCAACCGCAAGGAGAAACCACUGGCUCUCUACGUCUUCUCUGACAAAUCCUCUGUGGUAACCAAAGUGCUGGAGCAGACAAGUAGUGGAGGCUUCUGCUCUAAUGAUGGAAUAGUCCACAUGACCCUCCCUGGCUUGCCAUUUGGAGGUGUAGGGGCCAGUGGCUGGGGUAGCUACCAUGGACGCUGGGGUUUUGAGACAUUCAGCCACAGGCGGAGCUGCAUGCUGCGAGGCUGGGCUCUGGAGAGAAUAAACACCCUGCGCUACCCUCCGUACCAGGAGAACAACCUGGGCUGGCUCCGCUGGACCAUCUCCCCCAAGAAGAACGUCUUCAACAACUGCUCCCUCAUGUGAUGGCCCGCAGGAACGAGGUGGUCUGGGCCUGUGUGCACUGUGUCAAGAAGACUGAUCUUUCAUAUCGGCUUCGUUCUGUCUCAAUAAUGUAACCGUGUACAACCACAGAUGUGUAGACUCGCUAGCCCUUGGCUAACGGGUCGGACCCUUUAGUUGACUGGUUAGCGUAGUCACCCAUGGUGCGGGGAACCCAGGUUCAAUCCCCCCUGCUCCCUUAAUUCACGCUACAAUAAUAUGGGACAGGGUGUCGCUGUUUCUGAGGAGAAAUCGUCCUGUGACUCUCGUCUUGAGACGGGGUGUGUAUAUCCAGUGUUUGCUCAAGUGGGUAGCACACUAGCUGGUGCUGGUUUACAGCGAUAUGUGUUUCUCAUGUGUCUGCUUAACUGUACGUCUUUAUUUUUAACACUACUCAGCCUGCAAACUGUCAAAAGACAAGGCCUUUUUUUUAGCCCUUUGAUAUUUUUUUUGUGCCCCCCCCCCUUCUUAGUUGGGAUUUGAAUGAAUGUACUACUUUCUUUUGUCUUUGAGGUUCUUUUCAUUCUUUACAUUUUUCUUUUGUAUGCACACUGGUUCUUUUCACACUGCACCUCCCAUAAAGAGUUGAGUCGCCAACUCAACACAUAGGGGCUGAGGGCACGCGUGUCACCUGGUUUUGGUUUAACACAAUGUGCAGGACUGGUUUUGCCACCUUUAACCUUACUGGUGUGAGAGUUCCUUAUCGUUUCCUUUCCUUGCCUCUUAAAUUCUUAGUGAUGGUUAAAAGCUAUACGAGUCAUGAUCUUGUCACACCUGAAAGCCUCGACCAACCAUAACUGCUACAUCAACAUAGAUGAGCAAAACCAUUUUAAUUGUAGAACUUUUAGAUGGAUAUGAUGAACUGGCAUGCAGAUAAACCAACGUACCCUGUCAACUCUGAUCAUUCUGCACAAGGGACACGGUUACAUAUGGGUUUUAGAAAGAUGUGAUUGUUUAAAAUGCUGUUAUAUUUUCAUACAUUCUCUGUAGAACUUUCAAGUGCUUCGAUAAAUCACUACAGAUCAUUUUAUCCAGGAUUAACUGAUUUUUAUUUGUGCUUUGUAAAGAUCACAUGUAGAUAUUUUUGUCUGUCUUUGUUUUUAAUGAAAUGCUGUGAUUAAAGUUCAAAUUUAGCUUACAUUCAUCGUAUAUUUAUGGAUUGCAGUUGCCACGAACUAGAACAGCAAAGGUUUCAUCAGUACCUUGCUGAUCAGCAAAUGUGAGAGUACUUGACCAGGCAGGUUUUGGUCACCUAUAACGCUGGAGAAGAUGUGUAGAACAAAUCUUGCAUCUUUCUUAAUGGAGUUCAAAAAUUACUUCAUGGUUGUAUACCAUAAAAUGUAAAACUAACAUGGAGAACACAAUAUGAGAUUAUGACAUAGGCCACAUUUUUAAAACCAUUUCAGAUAUUAAACCGUUUAUAUAAGUUGGGGGCGGUAAAUGGCACCAUCAUCCCUUUGCUAGUCUAGCCCGUGGAGUAGCACUGCUUCUGAAGCGGUUAAUAGGAUGCAGUUUGGCGUGCCUCACACACACUUCCAUUUUAAUGUGUAGCAUGUUCAUUUGACAGACUACUACUACUACUUUUGGCUGCUCCCAUUUGGGGUCGCCACAGUGGAUCAUCUGUUUCCAUUUCUUCCUGUCCUCUGCAUCUUCCUCUAUCACACCCGCCACCUGCGUGUCCUCCCCUACCACAUCCAUAAACCUCUUUGGCCUUCCUCUUCCUCUUCUCUGGCAGCUCCAUAUUCAGCAUCCUUCUCCCAAUAUACCCAGUAUCUCUCCUCCACACAUGUCCAAGCCAUCUCAAUCUUGUCUCUCUUGCUCUGUCUCCAAACCGUCCAUCCUGAGCUGCCCCUCUAAUAUAAUCGUUCCUAAUCCUGUCCUUCUUCAUCACUCCCAAUGAAAAUCUUAGCAUCUUCAUCUUUUGCCACCUCCAGCUCCACCUCCUGUCUUUUCUUUGUCAGUGCCACUGUCUCGUUAUUAAGGGUCAUUUGGCAACCACCACAAAACAUCGAUAAAUGUCAAGUGUUAUCCUGUCAACUUUGGGCACAUAAUGCAUUAUUGUUGAUGAAAUCCAAAACAACUUGUUUAUUCUUCCAUGACACGAAGGAGCAACACUUCAUUUUGUCCAUGAAACUGAGUUUUCUGACUUUUGUGGACAAAAAUGAAACGGUUUGAUUCCAUGGAGAAAAUCCUUGUAUUUAGAUGAAAUUACUUACUUUGAUUUACGAGUUGAUUAACUGCUUGAAAUGCAUUUGCUAAAUAGUAAUUUCUGAAUUAAUCUGUACUUUAGAUUUUUUUUUUUUUACAAAUAACUUUCUGAUAAAAAGGCCACUGGCAAGAAUAAAUUCCCAGUGGUUCAUUACUAAAUAGUUUUGUUUUCAUUAAGCUAUUUUAUGCAUGCCAAAUAUUUUGAAAUAUUAAAAAAAAAUCACAUUAAGAUAGAAAAGCAAUCUGAGCUUUUUGCAGCUUCCCACUGGCAAGUCAAGUUUAGUAGCCCCUGCAAAGACAUUUUCUGGUAUGUUUUUUUUUACAUAUAGUAGCCAUGUAUACAGGGAGAUUGAUGAAGUGCAUUAAACAUGCAUGUGGUUUUAUAAAAUGAAAAUGCAUCU